AUGGAGAGGCGGCGGCCACCGUUUCUCAGAGCUUCCACCAAAACCAAAGAGACGGAACGAAGCAGUGGAAGUAAGAUGGAUUCUGCACGCAGCGGGGGUGCCAUAGAAGAACAAAAUAGUGAUGAAGAUCUGUCGCCGGACGCUUUAGUCAGACAAAAUUAUGAGCUCCGUCAUCGCUUGGAAGAGGAGACUGCGAGUUACAAAAGACGUUUGGAUACUUAUCGGCAGGCUCAGCAGCAUCAAGCUGCCCUCGUCUCGCGGUUACAAGCUAAAGUUUUGCAGUAUAAACAAAGAUGUUCGGAACUCGAGAACCAAAUGGCAGAGACAAUUCCGUGCGACACUAGUAAACCAUCGACAGCUACGGUAUCGUCCACUACCGUGCUUGAGGCUGCUCAUCAGACUCUACGGGAUAUACGCGAGGAGCAAAUUCACGAUUUGGAUACUGCCUUGAGAAAGCUCGGAGAUGAACGGCGAAAAUGUGAAGAACUUUUGCAAUUAAAUGCGUCCCUGAAAGAUCAACUCGAGGAAUCUCAUCAAACAAACGAGGCGCUAACUAAUGAUUUACAAAAACUAAGCAAUGACUGGGAUAUAUUGAGAGACGAGUUGGCUAUUAAGGAAGAGGAGUGGAAGGAAGAAGAACAGGCGUUCAAUGAAUAUUACAUCUCUGAGCAUAACCGAUUACUCAACCUAUGGCGUGAUGUUGUUUCUGUUAAAAGACUGUUCGCAGAAAUGAAAUCUACUACAGAAAGGGAUUUGGUCAAACUACGGAACGAAAUUAUUACGUCGUCUAAUGAAAUGACAUCGGCGUGCAAUAGUACGAAUUUUACUAUGAAGCUUCAAGCAAGUGCGGUGCAAUCCACUGUAAGAUCAUUCUACAAUUAUCCAUCUCAAAGAAUACAACAACAAGAAGAGGAACAAGCUGCAACAAUUUUAAAAACAGAGAUCAUAGCACUCAAGCAACAACAUGCUGCCGAUCAACAUGAAAUUCGUACUAAAGAUGAUCGAAUAGAUCAGUUUAUUCGAGAAAUUCGUAAUUUAGAGGAAAGGUGUAGCGUUUCUGAGGCAGCGGUAACCCAAACCGUACGUAUGCAGGAAGAUAUUGAGGUGCUGGAGUCUGCGUUACGAGACAUCGCGCAUGCCGUGAUUCAGGAUGCUGAAAGCCGAGACGCCGAUACUAAACAGGCAUCCCCGCAUAUCCACCUGUCGCCCAGUGCACUGAUUCAGCAGAGAUCGCCGAAGAGAAGCGCAAGAAGUAACACUAUACCAGCAUUGGCCGAUAGUACAUUAAGCGCGGUACGAGCGGCUCUACAGAAGUAUCAGUUAACGAUACGUGAGUUACAGAUAAAAUCACAAACGAACAAGGAACAGAUCCUAGCGAUGCGCAAACAGUGCGACACCGCAGAAGAAAACGCUCAGACAUUAAAUAUCAAAGUUGCGGAAUUGAUCUCUCAGUUGGAUGUAUGCCGUUCGCAAUGCACACAAUUAGAUCAAGAGAAAGACAUGCUGCAGAAAAGUCUCGAUACUGUGAAAUUGGAGAAAAAUGCAUUGGAUAAGAAUAAAGUGGAACUUAAUAGCACGCUGGAGGCUCUUAGAAAUAAUUACGAAAAACUUCAGAAGACUAAUAAUAAAUUACAAAAAUUGUGUGACAAUUUGGAAGAUGAAAAGUUAUAUUUACAAAAUGAGCUUGGUAGAAUAUCAGAAGAUGCCGACUUAAAAGAGUUAAGUUUACGUUCGGAAGAGGAUAGAUGCAGUAAAAUGAGAGAAGAGCUUUUGACACUGCGAGAAGAUUUGAAUAAAGCUUAUCUUGCCAAAGACAUGUUGGAACAGCAGAAGUUAGAAACCGAUGGAUUAAUCUCUCAAAUCGAAAAAAACAAAGGCGAUCUUGAGUUGGAAUUGGAACGUAUACUAUUAGAAAAAUCAGACGUACAGGAAAUUUUGAUAAAAAUGGAAGCGAUGUGCUCUAAUCAUGAACAGGAUAAGCAAAGAUUGCAAGAAGAAUUAAAAAAAAUGACAGAUGAGAAAAAUAAGCUUACAAAUCAAUGUAUCGAUCAACAAGGUGAUCUGAAUUCAUUGAGAAAAGAAUUGUUGCAAGCUGAACAAACUCGACUUGACGUAGAAUCUGAGAAGAUUACAUUGAAUGAAAAGAUUAAAUUUCUGGAGAUAGAAAAGGAGAAGGUGGAAAUGGAAUUGGGUCAAGUGACUCGCGAACGCAGCGAUUUAAGUAAUCAAUUGUCAGUCCUGGCGCGAAAGAAAGAGACAUUAAAUGAGGAGCUCAUGAGACUUAGGCAAAGAUUAGAACAAUCCAAUGAAAUGAAUGCACGAAUAAAUAGAAACUUGAAAGAUCUUGUGAAGGAUAACGAAGAGAAACAGGUACUCUUGGAAACAAAUGAAAAGGAAUUCCAAAGAUUGCAAGAACAGCUUGCGUCAAUGCGCACUGAGAAGGAAAUAUUAGAAGGGGUACUGUUUGACACACAAACUAAUUUGGAAGCUACGCAUGUUAAAAAAACACAGUUAGAGAAGGAGCAGAAAGAGAUAUUAAUAAAACAAGAAAGCUUGAAAGGACAGGUAACGCGACUGACAAAAGAAUUGGAUAAUAGUGAGAAACGUGCGCAAGAUAUCAAACAAUCACUUACGCAACAGAGCGGCGAUCAGAUCGCAGAAUUUCAACAAAUUAUAUCUAAUAUGAAGAGACAAUCGGAAGAUAGCCUAAAGAAGAUAAGCGAUGAAAAGGAGCAAAUAAGAAUAAGUUUAGAGAAACGAUUGCAACAAUCUUUAUCACAAGUGGAGGGAGAGAAAAAUGAAGAAAUCAAUCAACUACAACAACGAAUAGAAGAGUUGCAGCAACACAUAGAGAAUUUGUGUAAGCAGCAUGAGGAAGCGCUUCUUAGAGCCGAAAAUGAUAAGCAACAGGCACUUUUAAUAGCUCAUCACGACCAACAGGCAUUAAUCGAAAAGAUCGAUACUAUUAUGCGUGAAUUAGAAGAAGAAAAGAACACCUUAGAACGUGUUAAGAGGGAGGCCGCAGCACGUGCUGAGCAAGAACGAAAUAAUACAAAUCAACUGCGCGAUGAAUUAAAUCGCCUCAAAACAAAGCUAGACGAGACAAAGUUGAAGGCUAACGAAGAAAAGAUGAAGCUUGACUUAAAAAUAGAAGAGCUCUGGAAAGAACGGGAGUCCACACAGCGAGAGGUCGAAGAAUUGCAAGUUCAACUGCACAUGACGGAGGAUAAAGUGGAUGGAUUGCAAAAUCAGCUGCACGAUACUAUUAGAAAACUCAAAGAUGCUGACAACGUUAAUGAGACAAUGCGCAAAGAGUUAGUUGAUGUACGAAGACAGUUAGCGGAUACCACGUAUGAGAAAGAAAAAUACAACAACAGCAACAAGGAAUUGCGGGAACACGUUAAGCACAUUGAGAGUGAAAGAAGGGAGCAAGGAAGAACGUUGGAGGAGUCAUACCAGAAAAUAGCAUCAUUGGAAGACGCGAAAGCGACCAUGGACGUCGAGAGGUCGCGUCUGCAAGCACAAGUACGCGACAUGGAACGAGACGCGUUACAAAUGCAGCAACAGCUUCGCUUCACGCAAGAUGAGCUGCAAAAAUGCCACGAGAACAAUGCUCAAGCUCAAAAUGAAGAGAAGGAGCUGCAGGCCAGAUUGGCUAACGAGAUCGAGGAAAGAGAACGAAUACAACUGCAACUGCAUCAAGUUAAGAAACAGGUAGUCGAUUUGGACAACAGUUUGGAAGUUACACGACAAGAACUUGGGAAACUACGCGGGCGAGCCGAUGAAGAAGAUGAAAGAUGGCGUGCUCGAGAACAAGAGUUGCUGGUGCGGCUCGAGGAUAGCCGUUGUCGCGAAAGAAAAUUGGAAGAUCAGAAACACAAUCUAGAGGUUUGCUUGGCCGACGCCACACAGCAACUUCAAGAACUGAAGGCGCGCCUUGGAGGAUCCGAAGGUAGAGUAAGAGCUCUCGACGCGCAACUAUCACAAUUGGAGACUGCUAAAAAGGAAGUAGAACAGAAAUUGAGCAGUGUAGGUUUCACGCUCCGCCGUAUCGCCGGUAUCCAAAUGGAUGGAAGCGUGAACAUGCCAUUUAAAUUGAUGAGCCCUUCGAGAAGAUGGAGUCCAGCGCGUGCGCAAGAUCAUGGUGACACUAGCAGAGAUGUUAUACUGGAUGUUGAUCCUGAAGCCGUUAGGAAAGGAGUGCGAUCGCUUAUGCAGCAAGUCGCCCAAAUUGAACGCGAAAAGGACGAUUAUAGAACAGAAUCAUGUAGUUUGAAGAAACAACUAAAAGAGUCUCAAGAAAAUCAAAGUAGCACAGAUGUAAAAGUCAACAACCUUGUGACUAAUAUUCGCACACUUCAAGAAGAGAAAAAAUCUGUGGAAGCAAAAUUAACUCAAACACAAACUGGCUAUCAAGCACAGCUGGCUGCAUUUCAACAAAAGACGGAAGAGUGCGAAAAAUUAUGCGAGAAACUUACAACCUUAGAGAUAAAGUUGAGUGCCGAAUCGGACGAGAAAUCCCAAUACGAGGACAAAUUAGAGAAAAUAAAACAAGAAUUGAACAGAUUGGAAACAGAAAAGCGUAAUCUUCAGAAAGAAGUUCGUCACAGCGAUUCUCGCGCAACAGAGAUGGAACUGCACAGAAUGUCUUUAGACGGUGAUCUCCAAAGAUUGCAAAUGAUGUUACAAGAAAAAGAAGCGCAUAUUCAAAAAUUACAAGACCGCUUUGACACGCAAAGUCGUACCAUGGCAGGUUUAGAGGAACGUUGCGCCUCGUUAAAAUCUACUAUAGAACAAUUAAAAUUAUCAUUAGAGAAAGCGUCUGCUACGGAAACCGAACUGAAGAGUGAAAUAAAUUUGUUACGACAGAAUGUAAUGGAGGUUACUACUUCCUCUCAAAGUAAUAAUGAGAAACUCAAACAGCUACAAAAACAACUUUCAAAUACCGAAAAUGAUCGUAGAAUAUUAUCUGAACGUCUUGAAACGGCUCAACAAUCGUUGAACAAUUUAAAGCAUACCAAUCAAUCACUGAUUGAUCAAAAUGCACGGUUACAGAAUGAGCUAGCUAAUAAUGAAGUACAGCGAUCAGCUUUAGAGUCGCAAUUAAGAUUGUCUACGUGGCCACCAGAAAGUAGUGCGACUAAAGAUGAAGAUCUAUUACGUCAAUUGCAAACUGUUCAAAGAGAAAGAAGUGAGAUCAGAGGAAAAGUAGAGGCUCUCAACGAUAAAGUGAAGCUGUUAGAAGCUGAUAAACGUAACUUAGAGCGUCAAAUUGCUGCAAGCAAGACUAGUAGUAUGCGAAGCAAGAGUUACGAACGUCCGGAGAAAGCGCAUAUAGAACUUCUGGGUACUAGUUACAGCAUCGACAAUUUGGAACAUGAAAAUAGAGAAUUGAGAUUAAAAAUACGCAAAUUGGAGACCCAAUUAGCGGAAAAGGAGGCCGAGCUUAUACGCGUGAAAUCAGCUUAUAUGCAUUCCUCUCAUUCAUUAUUGGAUACAAGCCGAGAUAGAUGCGGUGAAUUAGAACGGAUCAGAGCCGCGCAACUGCAAGCCGAGAAAUUAUUAGAAGCAAGAGAACAGAGCCAUCGUCAACAAGUAUCGCGUUUGGAAAAUCAGAUACAACUGUUGCGAGAACAACUCAAUCAAGAGAUAAAGCGCAGGCAAUUGUACGUUUUACGGAGCUCACGAGCCGGUAGAGAGAUGCAACAGUUGCGACAAGCGUUGGGCGAUUCUUUAAGAACCGUGGCUCAAGAUCCAUCCUUGGAUGCGGUAUUAUUGGAACACGAAGCACGUAAAUUGGACUCUACUGUGACGAGUACCGCUAGCUUACCACCAUCAUUAGCUUUACCUGCCCCACCGUCUUACAGAUCCAGUACUCCGUCACAACUAUACCGAAAUAUUAAACUUACAAUGUCAGACAGCAUAAAAGUGGCUAUUAAAGUCAGGCCUCUUAUCAGACGAGAAAAGGAUGAGAAUUUAUCGAUACAAUGGAUUACUAAUGAAAACACCAUUGUAGCUACCGACACUGAAUACAGAAAGCGAUCCGAUGGUAGAUUUGAGUUUGAUCAUAUUUUUGAUACAAACGCCAACAACAAUGAUGUUUUUGAUGUUGUAAAGCCUAUUGUUGAUGCUGCUGUAAAUGGAUUUAAUGGCACAGUAUUCGCUUAUGGACAGACAAGUUCCGGUAAAACUUACACUAUGAUGGGUACUUUGGAAGAACCUGGUAUAAUACCUCUAGCUAUCGAAUAUAUGUUUGACGCAAUAACUAAUAUUCCAGGACGUGAGUUUUUAUUAAGAGUAUCAUAUUUAGAGAUCUAUAAUGAAAAAGUCAAUGAUCUCUUAAGUAAAAACUUAACAGAUUUGAAAGUACAUGAAGAUGGAAAUGGACAAGUAUUCGUAAAGUGUAAAGAAGAAGUUACGAAUAGUCCAGAAAAUGUUUUAGCAAUAAUGAACAAGGGUAAUAAAAAUAGAAGAAUAGGUGAAACAAACAUGAAUGAGCGAAGUAGCAGAAGUCAUACGAUAUUUAGAAUUACGAUUGAAAGUCGUGAGGCCGAUGGAGACUCAGAAUGUGUGAUACAAGUUUCGCAAUUAAAUAUGGUCGAUCUUGCCGGUUCAGAAAGAGCUCGUCAGACAGGUACUACUGGAGAACGUUUCAAAGAAGGACGUCACAUUAAUUUAUCACUGUCAACAUUGGCCUUAGUAAUAAAACAGUUGAGCGAAUCACAAGACCAUAUAAAUUUCCGAGAUAGUAAAUUAACAAGGUUGCUACAAGCAUCUUUAGGUGGCAAUGCAACGACGAUGAUGAUCUGUGCAGUGACACCGGCUGCUCUAGAUGAAACUCAAUGCACAUUAUCGUUUGCAUCUAGAGCAAGAAAUGUAAAAAAUGAUCCAAAAUUGAAUGAAGUUAUGUCCGAUGGUGUACUUUUAAAACGAUACGCGAAACAAAUAGAUAAAUUACAUACAGAAUUAGAGAGAAUGAAACAGAUAAAUCGGACAACUGAUUUUCAAGAAAUGGAGUCUAAGAUGCAAGAGAAAGAUCGCAUUAACCAGAAUCUAGAAGAGCGUAUUAGAUUAUUGCAAACUCGGAUAGUUACUGCCGCUAAUCGUAAUAGUAUACCAUCGUUCAAGAAUAAAGAAAAAAGGAGACAGACUUGGUGUGGCACUGGUGGAUUUAAUAAGUUGAAUUCAUCUUUAUUUCAAACGUGCACGCAUUUAUCACCAAUCAAAGAAAUGUCACCUAUGAAAUCAAACAUUAGGUCCAACUCUGGUACUAUGGAUUCAUCAUUCCAAAUAGCCUUUGCUGAUUUUGAACUGGAACUUAUGAAUAGUGAAGAAAAUCGUGAUGAAGACAACAGUAGCGAUGAAGAUCCGUUUGUUACACGUCGUGGCAAACAUCGCGUAAAAUUUACUGAUGAUGUAUUUGUCAAGUCACCUUUAAACUACAGUAAUGAUAGCAGUAAUGAUACGGUAAUCAUAUAUGACAGAACUGAGGCGUCCACUCAAACUAUAAGCGAUAGUUCACCUGAUACACCGAAGCAUACUCUGCGGGAUAGAAUUCGUAAUUUGUCGGAAGAAUAUUCAGAGCUUAAGGAAUUUACAACCUUGGAAAAGCAACUGCAUUUGGAAGACCAUUUUUCUGAAUUCCAGGAAAAACUUGCAAAAUGUUCACAGUUUGAAGAGCAAUUGAAAAAUGUUACAUCUGAUAAGGACGCUUUCGAACAUAUAGCAUCUGAUCUUCGUAAAAAGUUAACUUUAGCUGAAUUACGUUACACUUCAGCUGAAGAUCAAUUAAACAAACAAACAGCAGAACUACAGAGAAUAUCAGAUUUAGAAAAGAAAAUUGCGCAAUUGUCUGCACAAGAGAUAGAGGUGCAAAACAUUCCAGAUCUACACAAACAGAUAGCUAUUCUGGUAGCUGAAAAAGAUGGGUACGAACAUGUGGCAUCUGAACUACGAAAAAAACUUAACGAAGUCGAACAACGCAAUAUUUUAUUAGAAGAUAAGUUAAUGCAAAAUGUCGAAUUAGAAAUACCAUCUGUUCAAACUUUGUCAAAUAAUGAGAUUAUUUCAUCCGAAAAAGAUGAAUUGCAACGUAAAAUAACUGAUCUUCAAAAUAAGGUAACAGAAGCAGAGUUAAAUAAUAAUUCGAUGAAAAGUAAACUGGAGGAACAACAGCAAAUGUUACAAAAUCUUCAAGAAGAAAAGGAUGUAUUUGCUUCUAAAAUGCAAAAUAAAUUAAGAGAAGCGGACGAAAUUAAUAAUUCAAUAAGAGAUAGAUUAAAUGAGCAGCAACUAGAAGUCCAGAAAUUGCAAAAUCAAGAAGAGCAGAUUGCGCAACUUAAAUUUGAAAAUCACAAAUUUAAACUAACUAUUGAUGAACUUCAAGAGCAACUAAUAGAAGCAAAAGUAAUUAUUAGCGCAAAGGAAGAUAAGCUGCAUGAACAAGAUUUAGAUAAACAGCUAGAAGAUAUCAAAAAGGAACAAAUGGAAUUUGAACAAAUCAAUAGUGAGUUGAGACACCAAUUGACAGAAGUACAAUUAAUGGAUGAUUCAAUGAAAAAUAAAUUAGAUACGCAGGAGCUAUGUAUUCAAAAGAAUUGCGACUUAGAGAAUCAGGUCCAAGUUCUUGCAAUCGAGAAAAAUGAAUGUAAAAUCGUAAUUAGUGAAUUAGAAGAGAAGUUAAAGCAAGCAGAAUUAUCCAAUGUUUCAAUCAAAGAUGAAUUAAAUAUAUGUCAAGCAGAAGCGCAGAAAACGCAAGAGAAAUUGAAGGAAGCAGAAUCGUACAAUGAUUUAAUCAAAGAAGAAUUAAAUAUAUGUCAAGCAGAAGCGCAGAAAAUAAUGGAAGAACACAGAAAAUCCACUGAAUAUUUUGCAGUUGAAAACAGUAGAUUAGAAAAUGCAGUGCGUGAACUGCAAGAAAAAUCGAAGGAAGCGGAAUUGAAUAAUAAUUUAAUGAAGGACAGAUUAAAUGAACAAGAAUUACAGUUACAGAAGAAUCAUAAUAUGGAAAACGAGAUUGAAUGUCUCACGUUGAAAACAAAAGAGUUUGAGUGUACAGUUUACGAGUUGAGAGAGAAACUGGCUAACGUUCAGCAUUGCACUUCAGUAGAAGAUGAAUCGAAUGGCAUAGAAUUACAGAACAUUCAACUGGAUGCGCAGGUCUCACGUUCGAUAUCUGAUAGAGAUGAACAAGACUCCAUAAAAUCGUGCCAACAAUCGUUGGAGAGUCUCGGAAAGGAAUUGACGGAGAAUCAGAACAAAGAUGAAAUCAGUCAUCUACAGAGUCGUAUUAAAGAUUUGCAAAGUAUAAUUCAGGAUUUACAGAAUGAAAAUACGUAUUUGAAAGAACAGACAGCGAAAUCGAUAUCAUAUAAUGAAUCCGAUUUGGGCAACUGUGAUUCGUCGAAAGUUACAGACGAUUUAUCGAUUACGAAAACAUCUCUAGACGAAGAUAGUGCUAAGUUGUCUGCGGAUCUUAUUUUGAAAAAUCAAGAAUUAGAUGAAAUAAAAAACGAUGUGCAAAGCUUGAAAGCAGAUAUAGAAAAUUUGCAGCAAACUAUAUAUUUAUUAACAACCGAGAACAGUGAAUUGGCCAAUAAAUUAGCAACAGAAAAGAAAUGCAAUGAGAAAUUGGCUAUUCACUAUCAGCAGACUAUCGACGAUCUUUACGAGCGAAACUCAAAGAUAAAUGAUGAGAAGCUUGAGCUCAAGAAUAAUUUAACAUAUCUUAAUGAACAAUUGGAGACUCUUCGCUCGAGGAUACCCGAGGUGAACUUAAACGAAGAGCAGAUAAUUCAAAAGUACGAAAAACAGAUCGGUGAAUUUCAGGCAAAAAAUAUAGAGUUAUUGUCCCAUCUCGCAGACAAAACGAAAGAGCUCGAAAUGUUGAAAGAAAGUAAAUCGCUUUUGUAUGAACACGAUUGUAUAUAUAAAGAUAAAUUAACGAAUCUUCUGGAGAAACAUAAGCAAUUAACAGAUGAGAACGGUGAUCUUUCUACUAAUUUGAUGGACAAAAUCGAGGAAAACGAAGGAUUAAAACAAGAAUGUGAUAUUCUAAAAAAUAAACUAGAACUAUCACUGAAAAAUAAAGAGAGUGUUAGUAAUAACGAUGCAGAAAACCUGAGAAUGGAGAAUACUGUAUUGAAAAUCGAGCUGACGGAACUAAAAAUUAACUUAAAAGCUUUAACUGAAGAAAAUUCGAAAAUAUCCAGUCAAUUAAUAGAAACUAUAGAAGACUUAGAUAAUACAAGAAAAUUAAAUUCUUGCAAUAAUACCAUGCAUUUGUCAACAUUAUUUAAUAGUACCUUGAUGAAUGAUGCAAUAGAUAAAACCACAUUAGACGAUGAUGCUGAAAUAAAAAUCUUAAAUCUGCAAGAGAAAAUUAACGAUCUCACAAAUCUCAACAGAAAGCUGAGCGAUCUAAAAUUAGGUACCUGUACACAAUGUACUCAUUUGAAUGAGUUAAAUGAAAAUCGAAGAAUGCUGAAGCUCGAAGUAAAGUCUCUUAAUCGUAGAUUGGAAAACUUGCAGAAGAAGUUCAAUAGCAAAUCCGCAAAGAGCGAUGCGCUCAUAUUGAAGGCCAAAGAAGACUUAAAUGUAAGUGCGUGCAAUUUAUCUCUUAAUGCCAGUUUUUCGGAGACCAUGAAUGUCAGCUGCGUUGAAGAAAGACUUCAAUCUCUAAAUAACGAAUUACAAAUUUUGAAAGAAGAUCAUAAUAAGUUAUCGGAUUUAUAUAAAGAGAAGUGUAAUGAAGUCGAAGAAUUACAAAAUAGCACUAUCAUGGAUUCAACGUCAGCGGAUGACAAAAAUUCUAGCAUAAAGAAGUCCCCAAGUAAAACUUCAUUAAGAUUAGAAAAUAUCGUGCAAGUUAUGAAUGAUUUGCAAAAUGAUUUCAAGACGAUAAAGGAGAAUAACGAAAGUAUUAGGUCAGAUCUUACAAAGUUCAUUAACGAAAAAGAAAGAAUACUUUUAGAUGAAAUUAAUACUUUGAAGAUCGUUAAUGAAGAAUUGUUGCAAAAAUUGUCAAACAGUGAACUUUUGUGUACUACUACAUUGGAAAAAGCCGAUAUCCUUGAAAAUGAAGUACAAGAUAUGACGAAAAAACUACAGGAGUUUACUAUAAGAUACAAAGAAAUUGAAAAUGCAAAGUUGCUUCUUGAGGUUGAAGUAGAUAGCUUGAAAGAAGACAAAUUGAUGAAAGAGCAAAUAGCAAACGAAUUACGUAAAAGUCAUUCCUGUUUAGAACAGGAAUUAAAUUUAAUAAAGGAAGAGAAAAAUGAGCUCAACAACGAUUUCAUUCGUUUGGAACAAGAAUAUAAGGAAAAUCUAGAUUCACUGAAAGCAAUGAACGACGAGUUAUCCAUCUCUGAAGUAACUAAAUCGCAAGAAUUCGCUAAUUAUUCUAAAGAAUCGGAAAAUAGACUAAUGGAACUUAAUGAAAAAAUAAACAAAUGCACUUCCGAAAACGAUUAUCUCAAACAGGAAUUGAUCAAGCUGCGUGACAUAGAAAAUAAAUUCGAAAAGAUGAAAAUUGAACAUCAGUCUAAGUUAGAACAAGUUAAAGAAUUAGCCGACGAUAACAAGAAGUUCAAAAAUGUAUUGAAUCACAGUUCUAAAAACAUUAUUAAGGAAAUAAAGUUUCUCGAACCUAAAGCUGACACUGAAAAAUUUAUAGACAAAUCAGUGGAUGAGCUGUUCCAGAUAUUUACGCAAAUUAUUUUGAUGAAAGAGAAAGAAGUAAUAAAAACUAUGCAGGAGAAUUUCGGUAAAGAGAAGCAAAAGCUCGAAGAUGAAAAGCGGCAGAGCGUAGACUCGGAGAAACGUACAUCGUCGUGGGUGAAAGAAUUGGAAUAUGAUAUAGAAAAACUUCAAAAGGACCUGUCUGAGCGAGAAAUUGCAUCUGAGGGCUUACAGAAAGAAAUUACACAUUUAAAACACCUUUUAGAAGAGAGUAAUCGCGAUAGAGAGGUAUUAAGAGAAAAGAAUAUCCUAUUCGAGACGGAUCUUAACAAUUUGCAAAUUGAAUUUAAUAAAUAUUCUAAGAUCGACACGGUGAAUGAAGAGGCCAUUAUUAUUGCACAAAAACGAGAAAAGCAAGCACAAGAGAUGAUCAAAAGUAAAGAAAUGGAAUUUCAGAGGGAAUUGAAAUCAGAGAAAGAGGCAUACAAUAAACGAAUCGAAGAUCUCUCGUGUACGAUAGAGUCGUUUAAGACAAAAAACAUGGAAUUGACAAGUAACAUCGAAGGACUCGAAGCUAAUCAGAAGCAGUUGAAGAAUAUUAUUGAUUUGAAAAGUAACGAAUUAAUGAAAAAUCAUCAAAUCCAUCAAAAAAUGCAAGUCGAACUGGAGCAGCUCACGGAAACUUACAAUGAUUUACGUAAAGAACUGGAAGAGAAAGAGUUAUGUAUCGCAGAAAUCAACAAACUUUUGAAAACUAAGUGUGAUGAGCUGACAGAGUAUAAAGUUAAUUUGGAGACAAUCGUGCCCGAAAACAAGUUGUUGAAGCAACAGAUUAGAGAGCGGAAAGUCAACAUAGAACAGUACAAAGUGGAAAUAGAGACCCUGAAAAUGGAAAAUAAAAAGGAGAUGGACACGGUUAAAGAUCAAUUGAAUUUUGAGGAGCUAAAGAGCACGGAGCUAAACAAGCAGAUAACUGAAUUAAAUGACAAGAACAUGGCUUUGACAGAAGAGAUGAACUCUUUGAGAGACGAUUACACAACGUUAAAACGUAAAUGCGCGACAUUAGAAAAGCGAGUCAGGAAUAGUACGAGCAAAGUCCAAGCGGAAGAACAAAUGGAAGAACUGAAAGACUUGAACAGAUCUUUGCGAAGUAAUUUGGACGGUGCUAGCAAUCGAAUAACGGAAUUACAAGCUGUAAAAACCGAUCUGAUGAAACAAGUGAUUACUUUAAGUAGCCAAUAUGAUGCGGCGUGCAAAGACAAUCAAGAAUUAAAGGAAACACUGUCAUCGUACAAGUCCAGACAUAAUGAUACGUAUACAGCCUGCGAGAAGUAUGAUGAUUUACUACAAGAGAAGAACAGAAUUGCAUUAGAACUGGAAGCGACGAAAGUACAGAUAAAUCAGAAAACCAAGGACAUCGAGAAUUAUCUUAAAGAGAUAAAUGAGUUAAAGGAAAGAAAUACGGAACUCGAUAAAGAAUUAGACGAGUUGGCUGCUGUUAUUUGCGAGCAUGACGCGGAGAAUGCGAGACUUCAAGACAAGUAUUACACAUGUCGCGCCGAAAUUGACGAGCUACAAGACAAAAUCAAAAUCCUUGAGAAGAAAGAUCAAAAUAAUUUAUCACAAUCUACGCAAAACACAAACACUUCCUCCAGCAAGAUCGAAAAGUCUCAUGAUGAUGAAUGUAGUUGCACGGCAUUGAAAACUAAAAUACGGGAUUUGCAAUUAGAAGUAGUGUCAAAGAAUGGAAAGAUUGCGACGUUAGAGCUACAAAUACGUAGCGGAAGUUUCCCGUAUCAGAUGAAGUGCAAAGAACUACAGGAACAUCUAUCAGCGUAUAGUAAUAAGAAUAGCGAACUUAAAGCAGAAAUGAAGCGAUUACAAAUGGCUAUGAUACGUACAAGUGCGAAAGAAUGUGAUCUAUGCAAACAAAGACUCAUAAAUAGGAGACAUCAGGCAUGCCAGACAAUGCCGGAAAUGUUGAAAUUUUGUGGCACGAGCAGCGGCAUAAUCGAUGACGAGAUAAGAAUAACGAAAUUAGAGAAGGAGAAGCAGAUCAUGAGGGAUGUGUGUCGAAGUAGAUCGAAGACUAUAAAGGAACUUGAGAAGCAAGUAGAAGAAUACGAAAAAUUGUUAAAUUCCAUAAAGUCAUGA